CAUAUUUGCUCUCAUUUCCUCAAUCGUUUUGGCCUGUCAAAGUUGAAUGUCGUAAUAUAAAAUUCUGUAUUUACUUUACUUUAACCUGUAUUUGGAAAUGUAUAAUAUUCCAUGUUUAUUUAAAAAAUUACUGUAUUGAAGACCAGAAACAAAGAUAUACUUUAACAAUACUGUGAUUAUAAAAAAACAUUAAAUUCACUAUUUGAUACCGUUCGUUCAUUAAAUAGGUAGCUUCAUUGCUUGCACGUUGUCAGAGUUAUAUACUUGGAACUGUUAUUUAAGUUUUCGUAAAUAAUAACAAAAAAUUACGACAACCGUUUGACUGCCUGAAAAAGUUGUCAUUAGUGAACCACAUUGACAAAUACUCAAGUGCACAAUACGCUGAAGCUAAUUACGCCGGCAGGCGAUGUCAUAAUGUCCCGUAAGAGGUCCCGACUCAGCAGUGAAGAAGAAAUGAGUUCUAAAUUAUCUGAUGGUGGAUGCGGCGAGGGUCAAAAUGGCAGUGACACCAGCAUCACUAGCGGGACCAGCCAAGCACCGAUAGAUGCGUUGCAGUCGUUAAGGCAAGCGGCACCAUUCAGCACAGAGCCCGAAGCGAUUGCGGAACGGGAAAGAUGUCAUUACGGACGCAUCCCGCGCGCGGCGGCGCUCGCGGGCACGGCACACCGCAAAGUACGCGUGUACUCGGACGGCAUCUACGACAUGUUCCACCAGGGACACGCCAGGCAACUGCAGCAAGCAAAGACAGUCUUCCCUAACGUCUACCUCAUUGUUGGUGUAUGUAGCGACAGCCUAACACACAGCCGCAAGGGACGCACAGUGAUGACGGAGGACGAGAGAUACGAGGCUGUCAGACAUUGCAGAUACGUCGAUGAGGUGGUAAGGGACGCGCCGUGGGAGUACGACGAGGAAUUUCUAGAGAAGCACAAGAUAGACUUCGUCGCACACGAUGACAUUCCCUACACUACGGAGGAUUGUGAAGACACUUACGCACUCAUUAAGGCUAAGGAUAUGUUCGUCGCCACACAGAGGACAGAAGGAGUAUCAACAUCGGACAUAGUGGCGAGAAUAGUACGAGAUUACGAUAUCUACGUGCGACGAAAUUUGGCUCGCGGAUACUCCGCCAAGGAGCUAAACGUGGGCUUCCUGAACGAGAAGAAGUUCCGCCUACAAAACAAGAUGGAUGAUCUCAAAGAAAAGGGCAAAAAGGUGAUGACAAACAUAGGUGAGAAGCGAGUGGACAUCCUAACGAAGUGGGAGGAGAAGUCUCGGGAGCUGAUCGACGCGUUCCUGCUCCUGUUCGGGCCGGACGGGCGCCUGUCGAACAUCUGGAACGAGUCCAAGGGCCGCCUCAUGCAGGCGCUCAGCCAGCCGCCCUCGCCGCGCGGCUCCCCGCCGCCCGGAGAGAACGGAGACUCACACUCCCCCGUGCACAGCAGGAGCUCCGUGUCGCCGCCCCCGCCCAAGUCGCGUCGCUACGAGACCCUGUACGAGGCGCAAGCAGAUGCAUCGAGCUCUGAACGUGCUGGCGACCCGGAAGCGGCCUCACAGCGGCAGCUGACGGACGACGGCUCGGACGACAGCGACGACGAGUACCAGGACACCAGCCCCUACCUCUAGGGCCGUCCACAUCCAUAUAGAAUAAAUUACGUCGUUUAAAUUUUGUAUGCGCGUUGAGUACAAUUGAGCGAGUGUGUCAAUAUUAUGUGAUCCAUAAUAUGAAAUCAUAAAUCUUAAUCCUAUAGUUAUUUAUUUUGUCUUGUUAAGUAAUUUAGUUCCCUUUCUCGCCCCAAUAUGAUUGCAGGAUGGCUGCAUGUUGUUAGCACCUAUAAAUACCAUUGUGUAAGAUAUCUGGUGCAAAAUACAUAGAGUUGAGAUAUUAAUUUUAUUUAUAUUAUUAAAUAAUUAGGUGACACUUUUUGACAGUCGAUUAAAAAGGUGCUUAUUAAUGACAA